UCGUCGGAAAAAUGUCAAUGUAUUUUGCUUCACAACCAUCAACAACAUUCAUUUUGAUGCAUUUCAGCAUGUGAGAUGGCGGAGUCACAACUAAGUUAUCAGAUGAUACGGUCUGCUAACCAGGCCAGAGAAGCUGAUGAAAUAAAGACAGAUCAACGAAAGAAGAACCUUUUGAUUCUGAUGUUGAAUUAUCUCAGUGAGGAAGGCUACAUUGAAUCUGCUAACUCACUUUCCAAGGAGACCAGCAUAGACGUGGGGAAGUAUGAAGUAUGUGAUAACAUUGAUCUCGAAACCAUUCUCAUGGAAUACGAAAGUUACUAUUUUGUCAAGUUUUCUAAGUACCCGAAAAUUGUCAAGAAGACCUCACAAAAUGGAGAUGAGAAGACGACACGGAUUGGGAAGAUGAAAAAUACCAGAAGUAGCAGUACUCCAUCUUUGCCGAGGAUUCCAAAUCGACCGGCCUCACCCACCAACAAUGUUCGUCCUAAAUCUGGAUUUCAGGGUCGAUCAGCACAGAAAAGGACUGCUGUGUCGAGUAAAGAGAGACCUUCUCCCCAGUUCAUUCUGCCAUCAAAUGGAAGUGCAAAGCCACCGACUUCGAACCACAUGUUGAAUGGUGAUGGCCUCCAAGGCUUGGCCAUUGCCGGAAGCUCCAGUGCCACAGACCAGUCGCAUGCCCAAGCAAAUGGCCACGAUCAACCAAAACAAAAACAAAAGUUCGGUCAAAUAAUCGACAUUCGGUCGAUGAUCAAUGACGCCACAAGAAUGAAUGCUGAGGAGGGGGCUUCAGAUUUAGGGGAUCGACUGCUGAAACCAUUGGGUGGAUAUAUGGGCUACAACAACGAAUGGCGGGAAUUAGCUCAAGUUAUUAGUAGGGAUAUUUAUUCAGAAGAUCCAAACGUGCGGUGGGAAGACAUAAUAGGAUUAGAUAACGCUAAAAGAUUAGUUAAAGAAGCUGUAGUUUAUCCAAUUAAGUACCCACAACUCUUUAAAGGCAUUUUAUCACCGUGGAAGGGUUUGCUGCUGUACGGACCUCCUGGUACUGGGAAAACAUUACUAGCCAAAGCUGUGGCCACAGAAUGUAAUACGACGUUCUUCAACAUAUCAGCAUCUAGUAUAGUUAGCAAGUGGAGAGGAGAUUCAGAGAAAUUAGUUAGGGUUUUAUUUGAGCUUGCCAGAUUCCAUGCACCGUCCACUAUAUUCAUUGAUGAACUGGAGUCAAUCAUGAGUCAGAGAGGAUCGGCAGGUGCAGGAGGGGAACACGAGGGGAGCAGACGGAUGAAGACAGAGUUACUGGUGCAGAUGGAUGGCCUCUCAAAAACAGACGAUCUGGUCUUUUUGUUAGCUGCCUCAAAUUUACCAUGGGAAUUAGACCAUGCAAUGCUCAGACGACUGGAGAAACGAAUCAUUGUGGAUUUGCCGACGCCAGAAGCUAGGAAGAGCAUGUUCAAGUUUUAUCUGCCACCAGUAGUUGUUCCAAAGGACGGAGGCCUGAGUUUGAAAGCUGAGAUAGACUAUGACCAUGUUGCCGAUGCCACGGAGGGUUACACUGGAUCUGAUAUCAAACUAGUUUGUAAAGAAGCUGCCAUGAGACCUGUGAGAAAAAUAUUCGAUGCAUUAGAAAACCAUCACACAAAUGAAGAAAUCUGCGUAGAACUUAGUCCAAUCAAAACCAUAGAUAUAGAACUAGCCUUGCAACACACAAAGCCGUCCGCGCAGAGGUUAAGUGCCAAGUACACAGCAUGGCAGAAGGAGUUUGAAUCUGUAUGAAGAAGUUUCCAAAGGACUAUUCUGGAAUCCUUGGAUCAUGCUCACACUCGCAGUGUCUGUGAAAAUGGAGUACUGUUUUUACCUGUGGUGGAGGGACAAGUAAGGCUUAUUGUCUUUGGGUGGUCCGUAACAGUAGACAAACUGGAGAAAACGGUACUUCUCGCCCAAAUGCUGAAGAUUUAAGGGUUUUGUUCAUGUACCUACAUGUGUGCUGAUGUGGGAUGAAAGGGACGAGGUUGACAGAACCGCUGCUGUACUAGGACAUUGAUGUAAUACUAUAUGUAGGGACUGGGAUGUCAACUUGACAAGAUAUUGUAAUUGACAAGGCUGUGUUUGUUGACAAGGUAUAAUUGGAUUACAAUUGUCAAGGCUCUGUUAAAUUUACAGGGUACAUUGUAUGAUAAAGUGAAUUUCAAAAUUAAGCUUUCAGUGACUCGCAGCAGAGAAUAAUUCUCAUCCAUUUCAAACAUUUGUCCAAUAUAUUCAGUAUCAAUCUACUUGUGUCAAUAUUCCAGAAACACUUUUAAACAAGUUUAGGUCGUCCCAACUCAGUAUGUAACGUAAUUCCGUCCAAUGGGUAGAUUUGCCCUUGUGUAAGUAAAGUUACUGUGAUAGUGUUACACCAUGCCUGAUUUUGCUUUAUUAGGCUGAUUUUUAAACUUCAUUGUAAAUUCUGAUAUCCAUUUAUCAAUAUAUUGCCAUAUUUCACAAGGGACUGUCACUGUCAUUGACAAAAAAUAUUGCAUUAUUUUGACCAAGUUGCCCAAAAAAGAGGUGAGGCAAUAAAUGACUUUUUUUGCAAACACAAAGCACAUUUUCAUUCUCGUAUAUAUGUUACAGUUCCUUGAUAAAUGGCAAUCAUACUGUGCCUUCUGAUUUUGAUUUAUGAUGAAAGUAUACUAAAAAUAACUUUGUAGAUUGCGAUGUCAGAGGGUAAUUGCCAAUGAUUGUCUGUGCAAUUACUUCAGAAUUUAGUUGAUACAAACAAUUAUUCUUGUCUGAAGGGGACAUACUUGUUGACUUGAGCUCUUCCUUGGUUGAAAUAAGGUCAAGUAUUUUGCACAGCAUGCUUGACUUAUUGUUAUUGCGUCAAGAGUUUAUUUACCAGGGAAGAUAUUUACUUUAAAACCAACUGAAAAACUCUUUAUGUACACAGUGGAACCUCCCUUAGCGGACACUUACAAGAUACUUGGUACGUAAAAAUAAAAAUAAAUUGUCAGGUCCUGUAAACCCAUUUUCUGUUACUUCAAUCUAAACAGAUUAAACAGCUCUUACCUGCUUUAGGGGGUUGGGUGGGGGUAGGGGGUAGCAUUGUUAACUACAUGUAUGCCUAGCAAAUGUACUUACAGUUUCUUGUUUUAGGAAUUGUCAUUGAUUACAAAUGCUAGUGACCUUUUAAACUAUGGCUUUGGUACAUUGUAACUCAAUCCGUCCAAUAUAUUGUCGUUGUCCAAACCAUGUGUGCUGUGCUUUGAUAGAUAUUAUUUAUUGAGUCACUUGGGUGAUAUUUUUUGUAUAGUAUGAAUGUCAAGUGUACACUAAUUUAUUUCAGCGUUUUUGCAAUAAUGUGUGACUUCCGUUAAUCGUU